AUGGAAGAGGUAUCCGAGGAGGAGGAGGAAAGGGCGGAGGAGCUGAACUGGGACGACAUUUAUGAAGAGGAGGACGAUGAGGAGAACGGGCUAGAAGAACCAACGCUGUUUCCACAUCAAAGUACAGAAGACAACGGCACUGCACAGAAGCCACCACUGGUAGACACAAAUGUGCCCUUGGAGAGGACGAUUUUGCGAGUGGAACACAGCAGUGUGUCAGUUGCUGAGUUAGCGGCGUGUCAGCCAACAUGCCCUGAUACCGCGGCCAGAAGACGCCAACGUCGCAACUGGAAGGACGUCAGCCGGCUAUCAGGUAAGCCCAUGAUUGAAUCGCUGUCAUUCAGAUGUCAUUAAUGCACUAUUCCAAUGCUCCUUCCAUUUUUGUCAUCUGCACUCUACUUCCGUACAUUCCUGUCACCAAUGUCAACCAUUUUAGAAUCGAGCAUGCUAUUGGAUCAGAAACAGCCAAACCGCAUUAAAAGGCGACUUCGUCGCAUUUGGAGGAGGUUUUUCUGCUGCGGAUUGUCGCAGGUGGAGGCAUAAUGCGUCAUUGAUUUAAAUCCUGUGUACAUAGCCCAAAUCGUCUAUUCUGAUUGCCAUAUUUUGUAUCUAUACUGAUUACUGUUUCUGCAAGUGAAUUCUAUUGUUGUUACAUUCUUACUACGUCUUUUCUGGCGCUGAAGGCAUCCAGUAACGGACAGUGGUGGAGGGGUGAAAUGGGGACACAGUGACCUUUGCCUGAAGUAGUUUAUAGCGUCAGUAGACUUGCACAGCAACCACCGCACUCGCUUCGCCCCGCAUGAGUCGGGUACCAAGCCAUAGUUGAGAAGGUCGAAGACGGGAGAGGGCGCAGGUGACUUACGCGGCCGGAUGUGCACUUGGUAGUACCUCCGCACCGCCUGGUCCACAACAAACACUUCAUUAGUAUUUGAUCCUGUAAAAUAAAUUGAACGGAAAGUAAGACAGCAGACAGUGAGCAGGCAGCUUCCAGAAAUGUACACCUUCAAUGGCAAGAAAGUUGGCCGUCAGGCCAGACCUUUGCACAAUCGAAGAGGUCUCUGAAGAGGAGGAAAAGGCUGAGUAAUUGAGCCUGGAUGAGGGUAUAAAGAGAUCGAGAUGGAGGGUGGUGGGAACAAUUUCACGUUUAUCCCAGAUCAGUGCACCGAAGACAACGACACCGUGGAUAAACAUGCACUGCCGGACAGUAAUGUUGCAUCGUCAUGCCUAUGGUUACUCUCCCAUCAUUCUUGUAAUCUGUCGGCAAACAGCGUUCUGCAAAUCGCGAAAUUCCUUCAUAGAAAUUCCAGUAAAGACUUCCAGAAGGUCAGUGCUUCGUGUGCAAGACUCUACAAAUGCUUAUUUUUUCAGUCAUAUUAACGCGUGGAAAAUCUUGCGGAUGUUUGAAAGAAUUCUGAUUUCCUGCCUAGAGAGAUGCAGUAAAUCCGUCAACCGAAUAUUCGGCCUCUGGCGGAGAAGUGGUAAUAAGGAUGCCUGCAUUGUGUAACCACGAAAAACGAGGGUCGGCUUUAGCUGUGGGGACAACCGAGGAGUAUACGCCAUGGCAGAGCGAAGUCGAACAGAUGGGCGGAAGUAAAUGAAUCUCCGACUUCCAUUCAGCAGUGCCUAACCCGCCCAGUUUGGCUCAAUGUUGUCUUCUUUUCUUCUCAAACACAGGCAACAUUGUUGAAUAUGCGUCUCCAAUGGCUAGAAAGGUGGCCGUUAGACCAGACCUCUACACUAUUGAAGAGGUUUCAGAAGAGGAGGAGAAGGCGGAAGAAUUGAACCUGGAUGAGAUUUUUGAAGACAGCGAGAUGGAGAGUGAACUGAACAAUUGCACGCCGGUCCUAAAGCACUGUACCGAAGACGAGGACACCGUGUGUAAAGAAACCCUGCCGAACAAAAAUGUGCUCCUGGAGAGGACGUGGUCGCAUUUAGAAGAGAGGGGACAAUCAGUCACCGAGAGAAUUGUAUGGCGGCCAGCAUUUCCUGAGACUGCGGCCAGAAGACGACAACGGCGCAUUUGGAAAGAAGUCAGUCGGCUAUCAUGUAAGCCUAUGAUUGCCUCGCUGCCAUGAAAAGGUCAUUAAUGGACCACUCUAAUCCUUCUGUUGUUGUUGUUGUUGUUGUUGUUAUCUGCACUGUAAUUUCUUCAUUCGUUUCACCGAUGUCAACAAUUUUAGAACCAAGCAUGGUGUUGGAACAGAAGCGGCCGAGACGCACUGGAAGACGACUGCGUCGCAUGUGAAGGAGGUUCCUCUGCUGCGAGUCUUUUCGUGUGGAAGAAUAAUACACCACUGAUUUGACUCUGUAUAUAGCUCAACUUUUCUCAUCUGAUUCCCCACUUUCUUACUUAUCCUGACAAGGUCUUUUUGACACUGAAGAGCGUCUGUUAACGUAAACUCGGGGAUUUGGAGAGGAGAGAACUCCGAAUGCGUUGGGAGGAGCUACGUAUUCCCGCCGUCGUUAUGGCAUGAACAGCCUCAGUGGGCCGACGAGAUAGAGUACAAUUUGGGUGGAUUUGUCAUCGCCCUCUCCAUCGCUCCAGAAAAGGUCGAGCAAGGUGCUGUUGUAUGGGGGCCUCCGUUUUCAUUCCUCUGCGAUUGAGUAAGUUUGCAAAAACCCGGGCGUAUGUAGUCUGUCGGCAUUUGGCAGCGUUGCGCCGGAAUUCGUGUUCUGUUUCCAUCGGUGGGCCUAACAUUUUUAAAUUAACCUGUCACCUCGUACGUGCACUUAUUAACGUCGUUCAUGCAACUCGAAAAAUCGUUUCAUUCACUGUACAUCUUAGUGUAGUUGCUCACAUUUUCUAACUCUACAAAUGUAGGCAGCCAACGAAAUUUAUUGUUUGUCUGUGCAGAAGCAUAUGUUGCUUUACAAAUCCAACUAACUUCUCCAACUGCAGAUGUUAUUCUUGCCUUGGUCCCAACACUGACUUUGAUUGUUGCCUUAUCGUUCGUAGGGUUCCUCUUUCAUCACUGCUAUAAACUGUCGACACACAUAAAGCCUCAAAUCUUUCAAUUUCUCCCUUGGAAUUCAUGUACGAAGAACGUCUCCAGAAUGUUAUUCUGCCAUUUAGAAGGGCUAAAAACGGCAAAUGUUUUUCAAUCAUAUUAAAGCCUGAGUAAACUUGUGGAUUUUUGAUCGACUUCUUCCAACUUCCUCCCUAUAGACAUGCAGAUACGGCCUUAACCGUACACUUCGCCACUGAUGGUGACAUGUUAUUGAGAACGCCCACAGUAUUCUCUUCUUCUUCCUAUCAAACAGUUCCUGAAACUCAUAUCUUCGCUUUUAUAAACAAUGGCGCUGUCCAGAAACAAGCACAGCCGGACACAGACAUGUCCCCGAGGAGGACGUGCUCGGACGUGGAUGACAACGGAAAGCCAGUCGCUGAGAUGACAAUACGGCAGCCGACUCGCACCGACACUGCGGCCAGAAGACUUCAGCGUCGCAAUUGGGAUGAAGUCAGCCAGCUACCACGUAAGUCCAUGAUUGCAUCACUGCCACGAAGACUGCUAUUCUUUUGUUGUCAUUUGCACUCCAAAUUCUUAUCAUCCAAAACUGCCAAGAAUUUAAAAAUAAAACACACUCUUGUCUCAGUAGUGGGCGAGUCGCAUCGAAUGGACACUGUGUCGCAUGUGGACAAGGUUCGUCUGCUGCGGAUCGUUGCAGGUGGAGGGAUGAGAUGUCAUUAAUCUGAUCCUGUACAUAGCCCACCUCUUCUCAUCUGCUUGUGCAUGUUCAUACCUAUCCUGAUUACUGUUCGUUUAAAUGAUGAACAACGUUGAAUUCUUUGACACUGAGAAGCAUAUGUCAAGGUAAGGUGAGAAAUUCAAAUGCCCGGUAACCUGCAUAUUCUUAAUUUCAUUGUGACAUAAUCAGCCUCGGUGAGCCGAAGUAAAGAAGACACAUUUGGGUGGACUCAGNUAUGUCUGGCCCAAAUGGUCUUGUAGUGGCCUUUCUCCGAGAGUCAGGCCCAACGCCGCACCUCUCUUGAGCACUUGCACGUGAGAACCCGUGGUAAUUUGGUUCUCUGCCAAUCACGCCUAUUGAAGUCAAAUAAAAGAUGUCGGAAAUGUUUAUUUUUGUCGACCUGACGUCAUUAUCUUUGAGUAGUAAAUAAUAAAAAAUUAAAUUAGGUAAACCAUUUAUAAUUACGACUAUAAUAAUGGUCAUGAUGUAGGAAUUGGAAGUUGCAGCUAUUCGUUAGAUUAACCCGUAACCGCGAUCGCGAUGGACCCUAUACAUUUUGGUUAGACCAGAAAGGAUUGCUGCGCAGCAAUCUUAAGUAAACAUGCUUCAAGGUCGUGUUAUUUUAGGUGAAGAACCAUCGGUCAGACGUGAAUAUGUAGCCUAAUCUGAGGGAAAGAAAACUCAGCCGCCUGGCCGGGGAUUGCACAGGCGACAAGGUUAAAUAAUUGUAUGCAGAAUAAAAGCUAUUGACAAUGCGCGGUCCUACUUUAAAUGGUUGGGAAAUAGUCGUCCGAAUCUCUAACCCUAACCCUUAACACUGGCCAUAAUCCCUAACUCUAGCCCCUUACCCUAACCCCUAACACUAACCCCAACAGUGACUCUAACCCUUUAACCCUAACCCUUACCCUUAACUGCAGCCCGCAAUACUAACCCUGAAAUAUGCAACGCGAAAGUCAAGAGGGACUACCGGCAUUCUUCGAAAAAAUGUGGACGUAUAAAGCAAGAAACAAGGCCCCAAACAGAACACACAUCGCGACCAGUCCCGAAAAUUUACUUAAUAAAGCUUAUUUUUUCCCAAAAAAAUCUUACCUAUUUCAAAUAUAUGUAUGUGAAGACAUGUCGACAAGAACACAUGGGCGAAAAACGGUAGGACGAUCUGUGGAGUAAUUGUUUAUUUAGUCAACGUUUCAAGAAUUAGAAAUAGAGAGAAAGCUGUGUUUGUGUGCACCCAGAGUUGAAAUACUGACGAGCAGAGAACUUAUCUAUGAGAGUGGUGGGCACAGGUUUCCAUAGGUGUCAGAAAGCGAACGUAAAUUUUGAUUCGCUGCGUUCGCGGAAAAGGAGAUAGCAGGUCAACGAGGAUCCAAAUGGGUGGAUACGGAUUAACGGACGUUUAUGUAGAUCAGGCGUAGGGUUCACGGAACUGGGCGUCCAGCUGAACAUGGCUAGCAUCUGGGAAUAUGCAUACACAAAUCUAUCGGAUGUGUAGUGAACUUCAUUGGCAUGCAGCUACAUUUCAGGUCAAAGAUAGUCAAGACAUGUUAGCAGAGAUCACGAAAUGAAAGGCAGUACUGUUUUCGACGUUUGCAGUUAGUAAUGGCGGCUCAGAUAAGGUGCAAACAACUUUUCCGGACCGGUCAUAAACAGUUCAUCACCACCUCACCAACGCCAACACCAUCAUUAUCAUCAUCAUCAGACCAACCCCAAUACCUCUCAUAACAGCAUUAAACAAAGAUAAUUUUUCAUUGUGAGGAAUUAUGCUACAAUAAACGGACGGUUGUCACUUUCAACUGGUAUUAUCGUCGUCGUCGACGCCUAAAUGCCUGAGCUACACAACACGGCAGGAAUACUAGCAUGAUAGGAGGAGUCAGCGAAGUUAAAAUGAGGAGAACAAUGUCAAACGAUUCAGCAAAAAGUACGCCCUGAUUUGGAAGUUUCUCAUUUACGUGUUGCUUGACACAACAAUCAGUAUACUGUUGGCUGCAGCGAUGGCAGACCCUACACUUAUCCCCACUUUUAUGUGAGCAUACAUUAACAGUGCCAGCUUCGUUUUGCGCAAAUUUGUGCCCAUUUU